AUGGGACCAAACACUCGAAUCUCAUCCAAGUACACACAUAUUCUUUUGACAAUUUUGUGGAUAUUUCAGCUGGGAUUAGUGGCAGUUACGUCGGACUUCACCCAAAAUGGACAACUCUAUGAUCACUCAUACACGCAACGAAAGGUUAAAAUCCGAAUGACUAAACUAGCUCAUCCUCCACAGAGUGGAAUGAACAGUCCAAGCGAAAGGGAUGUGUCUAACAGGACGCUUAAAAGUGAUCUAAAUUUCAAGGUUGGGGGGCUUGGUCUUACCUCGUCAUCACACAGUCACAUAAGUCUUGGGUCCUUAGCUUCUACUUCACUCAAUGCAAAACCUAAAGAUACCCAACCCAAAAAUGGGGUGUAUGUGAAGCAAAGUAAAGUUGAAGCAGUGACACCUGACUGGCCAACGGAUCAGAAAAAUCCUACAAGUUACAACGAGGUCAACAUGCGCAUCAUGGGGCAGCCAAUUGACCCCAAAGUGAUCAAUCACCUUCAUCCAGACGUAUCACCUUUCAAGGCACGAAAACUCCGAAAAAUUUUAGCGGGAAGUUUGGACAAGGACUGGACUUCAGAAACUGCCCCUCGUGUUCUUCGUCAGCGGGGUGUAUCUGGCUCCAUAGGUGGCAACGUCGAUGGAACGGUGAUGCAACCAGACGUGAAGCUAAUCAAUGAAGCGCAGCUGCUCAACUUCACCUUUCGCUCUGAAAUGGGUGGCCAUUUCAGCCUAUCUGAAGACCAGAUAAAACUGUUCCGUAACUGGCUAAUUGACAAAGCCACUUGUGAAAUGGAGUAUAUUUGGGAAGACCUUGGUCCGCUGUUUUGGCCACGAUGGAUUCGCCGUGGUGUGUGUAUGAAUCGUCAGGGGCACUCAUGUUCAUGGCCACCAGGUAUGGAAUGUCGCCCAUCUGGCUCACGUGCACUACAACUUCUCCACUGGAAGUGUGAGGAUGCAGCUUAUAUCCAAUCGAGAAAAAGGGCCGCAGAACAGCGUAAUCGAAGACGAACGGCGACCAAUAAUUUCCAGUCAAAGUUCUAUGACAUGAAACCGGACGAUUCAACAUUAAGAAGUCCUCAGGAAACUGGCGAAUUCCCACGUUUAAGCUUACGCGAUACACAUGGAUCAGCUGGUGUAGUUGACCAGCCCCGAAUCAGGUUGCAUCUGCGAACGAGUAACUGGCCAAGUCCAGUGAUCCACUCAUCGCAAGACAAUGACGACCCAUUAGAUAGAGGAGUGUCCAUGGAAGAGAGACGUCGUCGACGGGCAAAGCGCCUGAUAAAACGGCUGAGCGUCACUGCAAACGGUUAUCAUUGUUACUGGCAAGUUCAAAAGUACCUCAUCAGUGAUCGUUGCGCUUGCCUGUGUUCCUGA